AUGGCCCUGCCCCACGUGGAGGAAGAUCAGGUCAAGGAGUCAAGCUUCAAGACAUCUGCCACGUUGCAGGAUGCAGGCAAUUCAUGGCAUUCACGGAGAAAGCUGCUAAGCAGCCCUUGCCUGCUGAGAGGGACAUGGGCACGAAGGGGGGUGGGGGUUCUGCGCUCUUCAGACUCCUCGACUAAGCCUGCGAGAGAAAACUCCUUGUCAUCAGGAGCGCCGCAGCAUUGA